GAGCCCGGCCCCACAUCCAGGCACAGGACCUCCAGUCCAAUGGUACCUUCUUCGGCCCAGUCUCACUGUUCACUUUGCCCUAGAGCAGUGAGGGCUGAAUCGGCAGAGGCUGAAAGCCCAGGCAAAUCCUGGCAGGUGGCUGAGCAAUUGUGAGGGGCACUAAGGAUCCUCCUGAGGGGAGACUCUCUUAAGUGCCCCCAGAGCCAGGUGAGGCACAAUCCACAUCAGUUUCCCCUGUCACUGGUGCUUCACUGAUUCACACACUUCAGGCUUCAGCCAGUGGCAGGCAUCCUCAGGAAUUAGGAGCCAGUAUCUCAGGAUUGCAGUCUUGGUUUCUCUGGAGAAAAACCCAUCGGAGGCUUUUUCAAAGCUGUUACAGGCCUUAACCCUGAGCUUCUGCCACCUACCCACCAUGUUGAAGACGUCAUUGCUUGGAAGGGACUACAGUGAGCUGAACGAGCUGAACUCCUCAGACAACAGGUCUAAGUCACCCUCAGAAAGUAGCAGUAACAUUACUCCAGAGAAUGUCCAUCCUGCUGGGGAAGCCGAACUAUCGAUGAUGCAAACUUUGAUCCACUUGUUGAAAUGCAACAUCGGCACAGGGCUCCUGGGGCUUCCCCUGGCCAUAAAAAAUGCCGGCUUAUUGGUGGGUCCCAUCAGCCUGCUGGCCAUCGGGAUCCUCACCGUGCACUGCAUGGUCAUCCUGUUGAACUGUGCUCAUCACCUCAGUCAAAGACUGCAAAAGACUUUUGUGAACUAUGGAGAGGCCACGAUGUACAGCCUUGAAACCUGCCCGAACACCUGGCUGAGGACACAUUCCGUGUGGGGAAGGUACAUAGUCAGUUUCCUAUUAAUCAUCACCCAGCUGGGCUUCUGCAGUGUUUAUUUCAUGUUUAUGGCAGACAAUUUACAACAGAUAGUGGAAGAAGCCCAUGUGACCUCCAGCACGUGCCAAUCCAGGAAGAUCCUGGUGCUGACCCCUAACCUGGACAUUCGUUUCUACAUGCUGACAAUCCUGCCCUUCCUGAUACUGUUGGUGUUUAUCCAGAACCUCAAGGUGCUGUCCUUCUUCUCAACAUUGGCCAACAUCACCACCCUGGGGAGCACGGUUCUGAUCUUUCACUAUAUCUUGCAGGGAAUCCCGUUUCCCAGCAACCUACCCUUGAUGGCAAACUGGAAGACCUUCUUGCUGUUCUUUGGUACGGCCAUCUUCACAUUCGAAGGCAUCGGUAUGGUUCUGCCUCUCAAAAACCAGAUGAAGAAUCCACAGCACUUUACCUCUGUUCUGUACUUGGGGAUGUCCCUUGUCAUCAUCCUCUAUAUCUGCUUGGGGACACUGGGCUACAUGAAGUUUGGGUCAGACACCCAGGUCAGCAUCACCCUCAACUUGCCCAAUUGCUGGUUGUACCAGUCAGUCAAGCUGAUGUACUCUAUUGGUAUCUUCUUCACCUACGCUCUCCAGUUCCAUGUCCCAGCUGAGAUCAUCAUUCCAUUUGCCAUCUCCCAGGUGUCAGAGAACUGGGCGCUGUCUGUAGACCUGUCUGUCCGCACAGGCUUGGUCUGUCUCACCUGUGUCUCAGCCAUCCUCAUCCCCCGCCUAGACUUGGUCAUCUCCCUGGUGGGCUCCGUGAGCAGCAGUGCCCUGGCCCUCAUCAUCCCACCCUUACUGGAAAUUAUCACCUUUUACUCUGAGGACAUGGACUGUGUCACCAUUGCAAAAGACAUCGUGAUUAGCAUCCUGGGCCUUUUGGGGUGUAUAUUUGGGACAUACCAAGCCCUCUAUGAGUUGACCCAACCUAUCAACCAUUCUAUGGCCAACUCCACAGGUGUCUAUGCAUAAUUAUCUAUUUUUAUUCUAGUAGCUCUCCCUUCUUCCCGUUCCCUGUUUAACUUCCAUGUGGAUGUUAUAUACCUUCAUCGAACGCCAACAUCUCUAUAUCAAUUAGUGGCUUUUUUAUCUUUCCAAGAGAAAUGCUGAUGACACAAGUUAAUACUGUUCACUCUCAAGCUGCACUGUUUUGGGUUUUGGAUUUCUUUGGCAGUCUUUUGUAACUCUGAACCAAAAUCAUAUUCAACCAUUUGUAUUAUCAGCCUCAUUUAAUGAAAAAGGGGUGGCAUUUGCCCCAAUAUCCCUGGAAACAGCAGCCAACCAAAUGCAAAAGAAAUUGUUUUCUCUAUACUGAAGUAGUUGUCCUUAAAGCAUCACAUUUAGAAAAGAGUAUAUUGGGGGAAGGGAGUUUUCUAUUUAGAUAUUCUAAGUGGAAGAGUCACAGACAGAACAAAAUGGAAUUUAGCAGUAACUUUGUCCAAACACUGGCUCUGCCACUGAUUUACUAUGGGACACUGGGCAAGUUUCUCCCUCUUUCUCAGUCUUAGUAUUCCUGCCUAUAAAUAAAGGGUUGGACUAACUGAUUAUGAAGGGCUCUGUCAACUCCAACAUUCUGAAAGUGAAAAAAAGAAAUUAUCCUCCAGUCAC